ACGUUUGCAGCGUUUCAAAAAAACCCUUCGCUUCUCAUGCCGAACUGCAGCGAGAGCUUGAAGGACGUGGGAGGGAAAAGGAGACAGAGCUACGUCUGUGCGCCUGGAAACAGGACUCUCUAUAGGACCCUGCAGGGCCGGGAGGGAGCAGCAGGAGGUGGGGAGAGAGGAGCGCUGCUUGGGACGGGGGGCCCAUCCUUUGCCGCAAAGACGCAGCUGGAGAGCGCUUUUUCCUCCCCCCUUACAACUUUCCAGAAGUUUCUCUCGCGGGGUUAUAUAGCCCCCUCCUCCGGGCCGCCGCGUCGCAGAAAGCGCAAAGAGAAGCCCGGCUAUACUUUCGCCGCCCGAGCCCCAUCUCCAAGGUUUAGCUGGUUCCCAGCAUCCAUGGCAGCCACCAUGUGGAUGAUCCGACUCCUUGCGCUCUGCGCCUUGGUCCUUGCCGUUCCCCCGGAGGACAAGAAGAAGAGCGAGAAGAAGGCUUCUCCUGGAGACAAGAAGCUGAGCGACAAGGCGGCCGCCCUGGCCGACCGCAGCGCCACCCUGGCCUUCAACCUCUACCACGCCAUGGCCAAGGAGAAGAACAUGGAGAACAUCUUGGUGUCUCCAGUGGUGGUGGCAUCUUCUCUCGGGCUGGUGUCCCUGGGUGGCAAAGCCACCACGGCCUCGCAGGCCAAGGCCCUGCUCAGCGCCGACAAGCUGAACGACGACUACGUCCACAGCGGCCUCUCGGAGCUCCUGAGCGAGGUCAGCAACUCCACGGCCCGCAACGUCACCUGGAAGAUGGGCAGCCGCCUGUACGGCCCCAGCUCCAUCAGCUUCGCCGACGACUUUGUCAAGAGCAGCAAGAAGCACUACAACUACGAGCACUCCAAGAUCAACUUCCGGGACAAGCGCAGCGCCCUCAAGUCCAUCAACGAGUGGGCCUCACAGACCACUGACGGCAAGCUGCCCGAGGUCACCAAGGAUGUGGAGAAGACGGACGGGGCCCUCAUCGUCAACGCCAUGUUCUUCAAACCUCACUGGGACGAGAGGUUCCAUCACAAGAUGGUGGACAAUCGUGGCUUUAUGGUGACUCGUUCCUACACGGUCGGCAUUCCCAUGAUGCACCGCACCGGGCUGUACAACUAUUUCAAUGAUGAGGCGGAGAACCUGCAGAUGGUGGAGAUGCCUCUGGCGCACAAGCUGUCCAGCAUGAUCUUCAUCAUGCCCAACCAUGUGGAGCCGCUGGAGAGGCUGGAGAAGCUGCUGACCCGGGAACAGCUGAAGGUCUGGCUGGGGAAGAUGAAGCAGCGAGCCGUCGCCAUCUCCCUGCCGAAGGUCAGCCUGGAAGUCAGCCACGAUCUGCAUAAACACUUGGCUGAUCUUGGCCUAACAGAAGCCGUCGACAAAAACAAGGCUGACCUUUCUAAGAUUUCGGGCAAGAAGGAUCUCUACCUCUCCAACGUCUUCCACGCUGCGGCCCUGGAGUGGGACACAGAAGGGAACCCCUUUGAAGGGGACAUCUACGCCCGGGAAGAGAUGAAAAACCCAAAGCUCUUCUACGCUGAUCACCCAUUCGUCUUCCUGAUCAAAGACAAUAAGACCAACUCCAUCCUUUUCAUUGGCCGACUAGUGAGGCCCAAAGGAGACAAGAUGCGUGAUGAAUUGUAGUGUGUGAGCCCAAAUAUGCCAUUCGCGUUGGGUUGCGUUUUAUUUUUUUAAAAUGGGGGGAAUAUGGUUUAUCUUCUACAAACUGGUGCACCCAUGCCAUUAACUCACUAAAAAAUAUUGGAGGUCGUAAAGCAGCGGGGAGUUUGGGUCAGGGAGCCAUCCCCACAAGAAACCACUUUUUGACGCUUUACACCUUAUCCUCUUAAGACCUGCCCUGGCACCAAAAGGGGGAAACAGCUCCCAAAUUUCGUUGUUCAUGAGCAAUCAGGGUGGCAUCCAUUGCCCGGCGAGAGAUCCUUUUAAUUUGUAGGUGUUUUUGCUGCUGUUGAAUGUGAAACAGGGGUACAACCAGCUACACGCAAUAUUUGAUCACUAAUAGGUGAAAUUCUGAGUUCGUACCCAUUACUUAUAAGACCAAGUAGUCAUUAGGGGGUGAAUUAAAAGGAUUUCUCAUUAGUGCAUCCUUUUGUCAGCUGAAAAGCCCGCUUUGUUUUUAGUUGGGACAUUUUCUGAAGUGGAGAAAAGAUUCCGGUUCUUUGUGAUGGGUUACAUAAAAAACCACUCUGUUGUGUUUCCAGACAACCCCGUCCCUCGCAACUCCUGUAAUGUCCCCUUAGUAACUAACUGGUGCUUUUCCUCCUUAGAGGCUACAUCCAUCACUGAAGGAACGAGCAGCUGAAGUUUGCAUUGGCGAUGGGUGCCUUAUCUUUACCUUAACCUUGCCAUUAAACUUCCCAUUUCUUUUUCUCCCUUUGUGCUGAGGCUCCCCACUGUUAACAUUCCCUUUUACCGGACUUAACGUUGGCAACUCUUGGCCCUUCCUAACAGCAUUUGCGUAGUAAGGCAAGGAAGCAUAUGGGGUGCCAAAAAAGAUAGAAUGCCAAGAAUAAGCCCAGAGGGGGGUGGGCGCAGGGCAAUGGACACAAAACAUGGGCCUUACAGUGAACAAUUCACACACUGAAUCCUGGUGCUAUUAUACACUUUGGGAAGAGGGUCUGGGUGGGGAAGAGAACAGGCCAAAGCGCAAUUGUGAGAUGAUUGAUUUGUGUUAUGUGAAUGCAAGUAUCAGAUGCCUUUAUUUUCUAUGGUCGCACAAAACCUUUGUCGUACGAUUUUUUUGCAAUAAAAUAUUUUUCGGUGA